AUGGAGCAAGAAAACUAUGAUAGCCAUGAAGUCAAAAUUAUUGAUUCAUCUCAAAUCUUUGUUCAAGAAACACAUGAUAAAUUUCCAACGCAAUUCAUUUGGCCAAAAGAUCCUUCUUCUGAGAAUGCUACUGAAGUGCUAAAUGAAUGUGUAAUUGACCUAAAAGGCUUCAUGGAGCAUGAUAAGGAGGCCACAUUACAUGCAGCCAACCUUAUUAAGGAAUCAUCCGUGAAGCAUGGAUUCUUUCAAGUCGUGAACCAUGGCGUCGAUCCUGCGCUACUAGUGUUAGCUGACGAGCAUGGUCGUGCUUUUUUUAAGCUUCCAAUAGCUGAAAAGUUGAAGUGCAAGAAAAAAGAUGGAAGUAUGGUUGGUUUUGUCAGUGCACAUUCGGGUCGAUUUUCUGAAAAAUUGCCAUGGAAGGAGUUGUUAUCUUUCGAGUAUCAUGAGAAUGAUGAUAACGAAGUCGUGGCAGAAUAUUUCAAUUCAACAUUAGGAAGUGAAUACAAAGAAACUGGUUUGGUCUACCAAAAGUUUUGUCAGUCAAUGAAGAAUUUAGCUCUUAAUCUUUUGGAGUUACUAGAGAUUAGCUUGGGUGUUGAUAGCCAUAACUACUAUAAACAGCUAUAUGAAGAUAGUGUUUCACUAGUGAGAUGCAACCACUACCCCAAGUGUAGCAAGCCUGAGUUAACUUAUGGCGUCGGGCCACAUUGUGAUCCGAUAACAUUAACCAUACUCUAUCAAGAUCAAAUCGGAGGACUAGAAGUGUUGGUCGACAACAAAUGGAAAGCUGUUAAACCACAUAAAGACGCCUUGGUGAUCAACAUCGGCGACACAUUCCAAGCACUAUCAAAUGGGAAAUACAAGAGCUGCCUGCAUAGAGUGAUGGUAAACACUGAGAAACCAAGGCUAUCAGUGGCAUUCUUCUUGUGCCCAAAAGGAGAUAAACUGCUGAAACCUCAUCAAAAAUUAAUAGAAAGAGAUGGGAGGCAAGUGUAUCCAGAUUUUAAAUGGGAAGAGCUUCGACAAUUCACUCAAAAGUACCACAGGGCUGAUGAGAACACCCUUGAAGAGUUUAAACAAUGGUUGCUAUCAUCAAAAAAUCCAAUGCAUUAA